AUUUGCUCGACGACGUGGCAUUUCUGCGCUGACAGCAAAAUUGAAUGUUCAAUGACAGUUUGACUGUCCAACGCAGUCAGAUAUUCUAUGGGACGGAAUAGAAGCCUAGAAAAAGAUAAUAUAUACCGACUGCACACGCAUACUUGGACGCAAUGUGGAGCAAGCUCUCAAUUGGAUAAAGACAAAUCGUUUAUUGCUAUUAAUUUGAGGUGUCCUCUUAUUCUUUCGCUCUCUCAUUCUCUCUCUCUCUCUCUCUCUCUCUCUCUCUCUCUCUCUCGGAGCAACAUGGUUAAGCAAGACAUCAAGGUAGGCAUUAUUGGUGGAUCUGGCCUAGAUGAUCCAGCUAAUGAAAUACUGAAAUGUUGUUCUGAGAUCAAGGCAGAAUAUGCUAAGAAUGAGUUUGGCAUUCCGACAAGUAAUCUCUAUCAAGGUACUAUUGAUGGAGUUGAUGUUAUACUACUAUCUAGGCAUGGACUAGGACACAAAACUAUACCAACCGAUGUUAACUAUCGAGCAAAUAUAGAAGCUUUACGACUGCUAGGUUGCACUCAUGUUUUAGCAUCAACAGCCUGUGGUUCGCUUACUGAGUCAAUUUCUAGAGGUCAAUUAGUCAUUCCAGAUAGUUUUAUUGAUAUAACCAAGCAGAGAAAAGGAACAUUUUAUGACAAUACUUCAGCAAACUAUGCAGGUGUUUGCCAUAUACCUAUGGAGCCAGCUUUUGAUCCUCAUACUUCUAAGGUAUUGGAGAAAGCUGCUGAAAAGUUAGGUAUACCUAUUAAACAGGGAGGCACAAUUGUUUCGAUAGAAGGACCACGUUUCUCUUCAAAAGCUGAAAGUAACAUGUUCCGUCAAUGGGGAGGACAUCUUAUUAAUAUGACGACUUAUCCAGAGGUUUGUUUAGCGAAAGAGGCUGGUUUACUUUAUGCUACUGUUGCUAUUGUAACAGAUUAUGAUUGUUGGAAAGAUUCCAAAGAUAUUGUGUGUGCUACUGAUGUUUUAAAAGCUUUUAAACAGAAUCUUAGUAAAGUUACCCAAUUGUUGGUAAAAGCUGUGGAACUGAUUGGGCAAGAAAAAUGGGAUAACCAUAUUGCUGAAUUACAGACUCUGCUGCAAAAUAGUAAUGCCUCUCACUGAAAAACUUGACUGUGAUAUUUGGUACAAGAAAUUCAGUUUUUAUCUCCUAUCUCUUAUUUUUUUUUUGUUUUUACCUUAAUAAAGUGAUGUGUAACCUAUCAUCUAGCAUUGUGACUAGUUGAUGCUAAAAAAGAGAAAGAAAUUUUAAUUUUCCUAUACUUUGAAAUAUUUUUAUUAUGUAUUUAGAAGUGUGAGAUUUAUAUUUCAGCAGUAAAUUCAAUUUAUACACUACUGCUUACGUAUUUUUACCCCCCUUCGAGCAAAAUUGUUCAAACUUUGAAGUUUCAUAUGUUGCUUCAAAACUAUAACGUACAAAGACGAGCGGCAGCGCAUUCAAAUCAUAGAAAAAAGUGCAUAUGAAAGAAAAUGUUCCUUUUUCUACGUAGAAUACUGUGAAAUUUUCUCAGAUUAUUUUUUCGAAAAGAAAAAAGAAAAACACCUUAUGAUUCAGACAAUUUUUUCAUUUUUUUUGCAUCAGCUAUAUAGAAAAAAAAUGUGAAAAAUUUCCUUUUCGAACAAAAAUCUGAGAAAACUCCACAGUAUUAUUUUUCUACAUAGAAAAAGGAACAUUUUCUUUCAUGUGCACUUUUUUCUAUGAUUUGAACUUAAAGAGAUUGAACAUUUGAAAAAAACGUAAAUUUUCGAAAAAUAUAGGAAAAUGCUCAAAUGCGGGUCAUAUUUGAUGUAAAUAAUUUUUGAAUCAGUGAUUUAGAUAGGAUCUGGUAAGAGGAAGAAAAUCCCGUGCUACAAAAUUUUCUUGCAACUUUUUCUCUAGAAUUGGCAAGAGAUCAAAAAUGUACUUAAAAUGUCGGAACUUUUAUCGAUGAAUAAUCGUUUGAAACAAUUGAUAGUAACAUCAAUUAAAAUACCAUUUGAUAGUACUCGUGAUAUAUACCAUUUGAAAGGUCUUGGAAUGAGCUUUCAAAUGCGCUGCCGUUCGUUUCUACGUUAGUUUUGAAGGAACAUAUGAAACUUCAAAGUUUGAACAAUUUUGCUCGGAGGGGGGUAAAAGUACGUGAGCGGCAGUGUAAAUAAUUAACAUGGAUAAUAAUCUGCAAGAAUGGAAAUAUGCUGUUAAUAAAUCGUUUUGAAAACAUAAGACAUUACGUUUUGAAAUUAUCAUUACAAGUUGUUAAUUUUAUAAUAUCUGUGAUAUUACAUUAUAAUACUCAAAUUAAUAUUGUCUUAAAAUUUGAUUGAAAGAGAGAAACUGAAUAGUAUAAAAUAAAAGAAAUACAUUUUUAUCUUGUGUUAAUUAUAAAUUAAGAAGUUUGCGAGCAAUGUAAACUAAUUAUCUGAAUAUUAAUCCCAUCAAAUUUGAAGAAUAUUCAUGGGUGUUUUCAUACAGGCAACAAAAAGCACACGAUGUUAAACGUAUUACUCAAACUAAUAUACGAUUAGAGCCAUAAUCACUAUUGAGUGUGUAAAGUUUAAUGUUAUAUCAUAAUAUAAUAGCUUAUCAAUCGUAGGUUGAAUUAAACUUUUGAACAAUUUAUUUUGAAAUGAGUAAAAGUUCAUUGUUUUUUGUGAAAACAUGGUUGACAGUUCUAUUUUUAUUCAUUAACGAAUAUUGAUAUACAUAUGUGGUUUAUUUUAAACAGCAUAACAUAUUCAUGCCCAUUAAAAUCUCCAAGUUGGCAUGUAAAAGGUUCAAGUAAUGUAAUAAAUAACAGAGAAACAUAAAAGAAAGAGCGCGCCUGGUGCGCCGGAUAACACUGUAUCAAAUAAUAACCGAUGAUUUUUUAGUACACAAUUUUAUUGUUAAUGUCUUGUACAACAUUUUAAUAGUACUUAAUCUAUA